AGCGGGACCGGAGGUCGAGGCGGUGCCGCGGGCGGAGGGCCCCAGCCCGGGCGGCCGCGUUCCGGACCUCAGCCGGUGCCGCCGCCGCCCUGCUCACGGUGUGAGUGGCAGCACGGGGAUGGGCUCCCCCAGCUCCCUCAGGAAGUUCGCCCCGGGCCGCUGAACCAUCCCCCCUCCCACCCCCGCCCGCCCGGCAGCGUCCAGAGCUUCGAGCAGCUUCGUCUCGCCGGGGAGAAGCGAGGGGACAGAGCCGGCUGCCCCUGUCAGCAGCAUGGAUCAGAGCGUCGUGGAUCACCCGGUGACCCUCAUCAUCAAGGCCCCCAACCAGAAAUACACCGACCAGACGAUUAACUGCUUUCUGGACUGGACUGUGGGCAAGCUAAAAUCUCAUCUUUCCAAAGUCUACCCCAGUAAGCCGUCUACAAAGGAUCAGAGACUGGUGUAUUCUGGCAGACUGCUUCCUGAUCAUCUGCAGCUGAAAGAUGUUCUCAGAAAACAAGAUGAGUAUCAUAUGGUUCAUCUGGUAUGUACUUCCCGGACACCCCCAAGUUCUCCAAAACCCAGCACCAGUAGAGAAGGUCACGGAGCUUCAACCUCCAGCAGUAGCUCAAAUUUAGACCAUUCUGGAUCAACUGCUGCUUCACCCACAAACCAAGAAGCUUCAUCUACAACUUCAAACACUAGUGCAGAUGGAGUGAGGCAUCGAAAUCUUCCACAAGCACAAAGCAAUUCCACACCAAGCCACCAGUUCCCUUAUUUAAUGCAAGGUAUAGGCAACCAGUUUCCAGGCCAAGGUGUUCCUGCUGGAUUUUCUAUGUAUCCUGCAUUUAGUCCCUUACAGAUGAUCUGGUGGCAACAAAUGUAUGCACGUCAGUACUACAUGCAAUACCAAGCUGCUGUUUCAGCCCAAGUGACUUCCAGCUCUGAGCCAGCGAGAUCCACAGUCACCCAGGCUGUAAAUUCAGAACGUGCCCCUGCAAAUGAGCCCCCAGCAGUGCCAAAUGUAGCUGUCCAGGAGAACAGGCCUGUAAAUCCAAAUGUUCAGAUGAAUGCCCAGGGUGGCCCAGUAGUGAAUGAGGAGGACUUCAACCGGGACUGGCUGGACUGGAUGUACACAUUCUCUAGGGCAGCAAUUCUCCUGAGCAUUGUAUACUUCUAUUCUUCCUUCAGUCGAUUUGUCAUGGUAAUGGGAGCCAUGCUGCUGGUUUAUUUACACCAAGCUGGGUGGUUCCCCUUUAGGCAAGAAGGAGGCCAGCAACAGGCAGCCAAUAACCUGGAAGUGAACCGUGAUGGGCAACAUGCAAAUAAUCCUGAUCUUGAAGAGAUGGAACGACUUAUGGAUGAUGGCAUUGAUGAUGACAGCGGAGAAGAUGCAGGUGAAGAUGCCAAUACAGAGCAGCAGCCUGGAUUCAUGGCUUCUGCUUGGUCCUUUAUCACAACUUUCUUCACAUCACUCAUCCCUGAAGGGCCUCCACAGGUUGGCAAUUAAAGUGGAAGAGGAACUGCAUCAGUCAGCCUCAGUAGCCAUACGUGGAAGUGGAGCAGAUUCCUAGAGAGUGUUUUAAAUACAGUGCAAUUUUUGAAAAUUUAUAAUAUCUUUUUGAUCAUGGUGUACAAAAAUGUGUAUUUUUUUCUUUUGGUUAUCUCAUGCAUUGAGUCUUUUAAGCACAAGUGGACUACUAAAUGCUUUCCUUAAGAUUCUUCUUUUUCUGAAGAAUGAAAUGUAAAGAUAUUGGUCUUCCGUAUUUUAUUUUAAUUUGAAAUGUGUAUUGUAAUGAGGCAAAAAGCUUGUACUUAAUCUGCACCAUUACCUCUUUAAAGAGCUGUUAAAAAUAUGAAUGUUGACAGACCUUUCCAAAUGCUAUCUAUUAAUCUGAAUAACUGUAAUGUAUUUUAUGUUAAUUUUAGGCAGGGUAUGAAUUAUCACUUGAUUUGGAGUUUGUAUCAUUCCUGAGGGAAUGCUGUAAACAUAAGGAUUACUUGCUAAUGGCAUGUUGUCUACAUGCCACAAAUAUUAAGCCUCUUCUCAUACAUUAGGAAGCUAAAAGCUUUUUCUUGAGGCUGUAGUGGAGAUCAUUACGGUUGGAAAUGUUUGACAGCUCUUCAAAGACAGUUGUCAGUGAUGGGAUAAACCUUACAUGUUUGAUACAUACAGUACUUUUUAAGAAAAAUAUAGCUGUACUGGGGAGAAACAUAUACACUAGGUUUUUUUAAUAAAAACUGUUACGGUAACUCUUCUGGAUGUUUAUAUGCAUAUUUGAAUGCAAACAACUACGUGGUGAAUCACUAAGGUUGAGGAUAUGAUCGAUUUGAGAGUGGAAUAAAAUUAUCAUGGUGGCAUUACUGAUACUGACUAAGGUGGUAUGUUUGUAGCAGUGCAUACACAAUUACAGGUGUGAAGUUGACUGCAGGAUAUCUGUAUUCCUAAACUUAAUUAAUCUAAUCACAACUGAGAAGAGGAAAAGUGUAUGAGUUAAUAGCACAGUGCCACUCAGGUUUUUUUUUUGUUGUUGAUUUUAAUCAUAGUCAAGAAGUUAUAUUUGGGGUUGUUCCUAAUUCUGAAGUUAUGAAGUGCCAUCCGACUUAAAAAUGACUGCUAAGAUUCUGUUGUGUUAGAACCAAAGGAAAGCCUGACCAGCUUUCUAAUUUCAAGUAUAGGGCAGAGCACUAAAAUAGGUCUGAACAAGUGAGAAAUAGUGGGUUUAUUUUUCACUUGCUGAUGUCUGACUGCGGAAGAUGUGCAGUGAAGUUUUAAAACUUAAAAAUAUAUUUUUUUAGUUUAUACUGUGGAGCAUCUGUCUGGAUUUUCAGGCCUUUUUGAGCUGUCUCAGUUGGUAAAAUAAAUUUUGAAAGAUGGUUUUAAUUUAAACAUCUUAAAUAGAAUGUCUUUUGAGUUACAAAAUAAUUCUUGUUUUCAAAUCUGUUAGAAGAUGUGAAAUAUAAACAGGUCUUACAGGCAUCAGUUUGCUGUACAGGUAACAGUGAUGAAUAAAUCAUGUUUAAUAAU